UUUGGCUUCACAGUUGAUUUUGGCUUCAGCUUCUCUGCAUUUGGAGUAUCCCAAGCGUAAAGUUUCCCUCUUCUAUUGAGAUAAAAUAUAAGUAGAGACAGGAUUUUCAGUACUGUAUGCAAACGGUACUCUAGGUGUUAGAAAUACUUUUAUGGAUUCAGAUGCUGAGCUUUUUGCUGGCGAAUCUGGACCUGUAGUAAACCAUGGUUUCAACGAAGAGCAAAACCAAGACCUAGGAAGGAAACAAUUCAAUGUGUUGCUUCUUCGAUACCAAGCAACAUGGAGGAAAAGACUAUUAUAGAAUCAUCCCUUAGCUUGGACAAAACACAGACUCAUCAGCCUGCUGAUAAUAGAUUGACAACUCCAUCUAUUUCUGAAGGGUUCUUGAGGUAAUGAUGACUUUUUAUCACAAGAUCCAAUUAUGGAUGAUAACUUGAAAUCACAGGUAAUGAGCCCAUCAUCUGAAGCUGUUGCAAGGAGAGAUGAUGCCCGUUCUGGAGAUGUUCUGCCUAUGAAAGUUGAAACAUUGGCAAAUCAGAAAUUGGUGGGUCUGAAGAACAAUUAAAAGUGAAUGAUAGCUUUGGAAAUGCUAUACAUUCAGAGGUUACGGUUUCUGUUGGCUGUGGAGAUUUGUGCUCUUCAUUUGAAAAACCAGCGGGAGAGUGCAGACUUGUUUUCUGGUUUCAAAUGUGUAACUAAUGAUCCUAGCCACUCUAAAAAUGAGAUGGAGAAGCCAAUUAUUGGUGAUUCGGAUAAUGUAGAUGGAGGUGAAAAUGGUGGUACUCAGGGUCGAAGUUGUUUUAGCGCUUCAGCGGCAAGGGAAUUUGAUGCUUCACAAGCUGAAAUUUGUACUGAUUCAUGGUCCAAUAUCCAGUAACUUUCAUGGAGACUUGUAUUUCAAAGUGUGAUGCAGUCAUUCCUGUUGAUGAUGAAAGAAUGGAAUCAGAGGUUCACCAGCCCAGGGACUUGGAAACUGAUUAUAUAUCUGGAGCAACAGUUGCAUCCGGACGGCAUGCUGAGAAAAUAAAACCCAAGCCCAAGUUACGAGCUGGGAAGGAGGACUCUAAUAUCAGCAUGACUUAUGCUGAUGCAGUUGAAUCAUUUAUGCAGCCACCAACUACUCAGAUUGUUUCAUCUGAAUCUCAGUAUGUCUCAGAGUGUCUCAGAGGGCUCAUUUCCUCUCUUUCCACCUGAUCAGAUGUUUGAUCACCCAUCCAUAGACUUAGGUUAUAGCAUUCCACCUCAAGAGUCUAUAUACUCUGAAUCCCCAAUGAAUGAAGAACUGACAAAUCUUGCAGAAACAUCUCAUGCUGAUAAUACUACUUUGGGGGAUUUACAAACAGAGGAUGUUUGUGGAAUGACUGAAAACCCGGCAAUAUUUUAUCUAAAUUUUUAUCUUUUAAGUUGCUUUCUUUGAUAGAUAAAAUGCUUUGCCCAAUUGUAUUAACCUGGUCGAACACUUUUGUUCUUUAUUUUGGCUUUCUUAGAGUUCUGCUGGCAGGGGAAGAAAAGCAUCUACUGCAUCAAAUUUGUCUCAGAGAUCAAAUGAAUCUUCUCUGGUUGGUGAGGAGCAUAAAGGUGGCAAAUCAUCAAUGAAUCACAGAAAGCGAGAAGCUACUCCCCAACCGGUUGAUGAGCCUGAUGAUGAGACUCAUGACAGCUUUACUGCUGAACCUCUAAGUAUCAAUGUGGAUGAAGAUGUAGGUAUUGACGAACAGAGAGUGGAAAGCAAAGCUCAGAAGAAAAGAGCACCAAGAAAGUCAAAGAAACCUGUGACUGAAAAUGAAAAACCAGUUCGAAAGUGCAAGAAAUCCAAUGAAGCAUCAGAUCAGUCAACCAAAGAACCUGCCAAGAAGUUCUAUCAUUCAACUCGUCGAAACAGAAGAUGUGUGAGUAAGGAAUUGCUUGAAACCCCAGAGGAUGAAAUUGACCCUCGAAAGGUGCCUCUGAAGGAUCUUAUUCUAUUGGCAGAGUAUAGGGAGCGGUUAGAGAGUAAAGAGGCCAAAACAUCAACAAGAUCCUCGACCAAUCAAAGUGCUGAAAAUCCUUUUAAUGAGGAUAAUCUUAAUGGAGAGGAGACCUUUGCUUCAGAACAAGGCUCGCCCCUAGUGAUCGGUUACCCAACGGUUCCGGUCUACCUGGUUCUUUUGCUCACCCCCUAGUGAUCUGAGUGG